AUGUCAUACGUUCAAGACACCAAGGAAACUGUACUUCAAAUUAACGAUACAGUUCCAUAUCGAUAUUCUUUUAGGCGUUUUUCACGUGAUGAUGAAAAACAAGAUAUAAGUGAUCUACGUGUAUAUGAAGGUAUUUCCUUCGAAAUAUUAAAAGCCGAAAUAAGCCGAGAUGGAGGAAGCGUUGUUACUUUAUCUGAAUUCACAUAUGAGAAAAAAACUGUAAUUCGCAUAGAACAUCAUAACCUGGGUGGUGAAAAGCAAACUAUCGGAUACUUCGAGAUUCAUAUAGAACAUGAUAACGACAAAAAACAAAUUAACGGAAACACGGGGCUGAAAUUCUCAAUUGCAAUUUCUGAUAUUACCCAACGCAUCUGUAGAAUUGCUUUUUCUUUUUAUAACUUUAAUCCGAAUAGAUGGGAUCCUGAGAUAGAUGUAACCUUUAAAUCGAGCAAUAAUUUAAUCACGAAGAGGUUUAGCACAAAAGAUAUCUUUCUUUUCACAUAUAAUUCAUUUAAUAACCUCGUGGGACGAUAUGAACGAUUUCAUGGAAUCGGAAACGGAAUUAUCAAAUUUCUUAAGAAGAACGAACUUAUCAUAUUACGACGAAAUAACUUUAGAAUCACCUCAAUUGAUCAACAUCAUCUCGAUUUGGAAAUAAAAAGAUCUUUCUUUCAAGGCACUAUUAUGAAACGAACAAACACCGAUCAUGCUUAUCCACCACCAAUGCACAAAUUUGCGAAUAAAACUAAAAUAUCCGAAGAAAUUGUAGAACAUAAAUUGAAUAAUUGCAUAAUAGAUAAACACUUGUUUUCCAUCAGCCGUAAAAAAAGCAACAAAAUCGAAAGAUAUAAUCUCAAAACAGGCGAACUCGAUAAACUGUUUAAAGUUGUGAACGAAAAAUAUAGCUUUCAUGAGGAUUCUAAGCCUGAAUACAACAAAAUAAAGCGAUAUGAAAUUUUACCUAUAUUUGCGGUUUCCAUGGAACAUGACGAGUAUGACGAAUCAAAAUAUUUAGCGGCUACAAUGGGUGACAAUUCAUUCACGAUAUACUUUUUUCCCAAUACAAUCGAUUUAAUAACACGCGAACUACCUAAUAAAAAUGCAAAAAUCAGAUUUAUGGCAUUUAUUGCGAAGAAUACAAAACUUUUGAUACAAGAUAAAAUAACAGAGAUCAAAGAAAAAAGGACAUAUGAAAAGGAAAUUUGGAUUUGGAACAUGCCGGGAACCUCAAGCAUUGAACGUGAUCAAGAAGAUCAGAUUCUGAGGGACAUUGCUGAAAAUUUUAAUAUCACACUCGAGAACAGCGAUAGAGACCAAGAAUAUUAUACAUGUACAUUUAAUGACAGGCGGCGAAAAAUAAGAGUUACAGAAACAGCAAUGUAUCAUGUUCAAAUUUGGGCAAAAAACGAAAAAUCAAAAAAUGAACCAGAAACUUUAUUGAACAUUUGGUCGAUUCCUUCAAUUUACUCAAGAUAUUUAAAAGAACCUACCAUAAUUCUUGAACAGGAAGACGAUAGUUUAGUCGCAAUUGAUAAAGUAAAAAUAAAGAUAAAAUCGCUAGACGAACCCUUGGAACAUUCCGUUAAAAUAGAACCGGAUGCAAUGUCCAUACUAGGAAUGAUAACGGAAGUUGAUAGAAAAAUGGCAGAGCUCAAUAUUCUUCAGCAAAACAUAAAACAAGCCGCAUCUGGCAUUAUUGAAAAAGCGAUUACCGAACAGGAUAAUUUCCGAAUAUUAGAUGUUCGUUUUCGUAUCGUGGCAACAAUGAUCGAAGCAGACUUAACAGCAGUAGUUCGUGGAAAGAUUUUGAUCGAGCCUAAGUUACAAUUACAUAUUCCAGAACAAGUUUUCCAAUAUCAAAAUGAAACAAAGUAUAACUUUGUAUGGUUUCUUCCUAAACCAAUAGUUGACAAAGAGCAUCGUAGUGCUUUGAGGAUUGCAAGUGAUUAUUUUCAGCAUGACACAGUAGAAUCUCUUUUAAAAUAUUAUUCCGCUAAUGCUGAAGGUCAAACAAGCUGGAUGGAAACUGUUACUCAAGCUUUACCCGAAUUGAUCGCAAAAUAUCCAAAACUUGUGAGUGAACUAAUGAAUCGUACAAUUUUCCAUGAAAAAGAGAUUCCUCUGGAUAAGUCAUGGAAGUUUUAUCGACCAUCUGACGAAUAUGAUUCAGUUCGCUCAUUUCAUUGCGAAUUUAAUCUUUUCGAUAAUUUUCGUCAAAAACAACUGGAACAAUUGGAAGAUGAAAAGAUAACUCACCGCUCUAAAUAUCGAAAGACGAAUACGAAAUAUUAUCAAGUCCCGCUACCAGGCGUGAUGCAAAGUUUCAAAAAACGAUAUAGUGAUGCCAUUCUUGACUUUAUUUACAAUUUUUUAUUAAAUUUAAUCUUACUUGAACGACAUCACGGCAAUAGAAGCCCGUUUAUCUAUCUCGUAAUCAACGAUAAAACUGGUGAAAUUUUCGAUAAUCCCUCAAUCGAAGCAAUUGUUGAUUUCCAAUGGCGUCAUUAUACCAGUGUCUUUAUUGUUAUACGGUUUCUAUUAUAUGUUCUUUACGCAACAGUAUUUGUAUGGCAAAGUUAUGCACAUUUAAAUAAGAUUGUGUAUGGAAUAGCAGUCGGAACUUUAUUUAAGCCGGUUUCCGGCGUAAUGUGUGGAUUUGCAUAUAUACAUUUUACUGGAAAAGUACGAAGAGGUCGUUAUAUACCCUGGUCACAACAUUUGCCAUCAAUUUUAUACGCGUUCGAUCUUUUUGGCUCAACUUUGCCAUUUUUUGGUUCAGCAUGGAUGUUAUGGGUACAUACGCAUUAUGUCGACUUGCUACCUUCCGAAGACACAAGAAAAGAAGAUCUUUAUUGCCAACAGUAUAACAACCAAUGUCAAGCUGAGGUUAUCUUUUACUCAUUGGCCGGAUUAUUAUUAUGGGUUGUUUUUUUCUUUCAAAUGCGAUUUUUGCCAUGCUUCGCAAUCUCUAUGCUAUUACUCUUACGAUUUGCCCCCGGGAUUGGUAUAUUUCCCCAAUCAUCGACGUUUAAAGGAAAUCUUACGACAAUGAAUCUCAACAAUCAAACAGCACGUCCGGAUUUCAACAUGACUCAAGAUUUGGAUUGGGCGGAUAAAUCAGACAAUUACUAUUACGAUUGGGAUAAAUCAAUUGAGGCAGUCUACUUUUGGAUCGCUGGACGCUGGGAUCAGAUCGACAAUUGGAGAUUUUGGCCCGUUGAUCUCAUCACGGUGCUUGGCAGUAUAUUUUUGGCUACGCUUAUGCAAAAUCUAUUGAUCGGUUUAAUGGGAAAAGCUCUAGAUGAAACAGCUCUAGAGAAAAGAGCGGUCGUACAAAUGCGUGCGCAUCUUUUAAUGAAUUACCCGGAUGCAUUUUCGCAACAUCGAUACAUUUACUACUCUAUUCCAGGUGAUGAACUGAACAAACUGAGAAAGAAAAUCAAAGAAACACACGACGAAUCUUAUACCGAAAAUGCAAAAAGACAGUCAAAACAUAUUGACGAUGUAGAUGAAAAUACAAAAGACGAACUGUCCCAUAUUAAAGAAGCAUAUCAUAAGUUAGACGGUCAUAUGGAGGGAUUCGAUGGUCGCAUGAAGAAAUUAGAAGGUCGUAUGGAAGGAUUAGAAAAAACUCUUAGUGAAAUGUUGAAAUUAUUGAAAAACGAGUAA